UCCAGACUGCACUGCACGUCUUAAUAACUGUCGCUCUAUCUCUCUGUGCUGACGGCACCACCACUUAUCACCAUGCCUGCCACACAGGCUAUUGUGACUCUCCGCCCUUUGUCCGUAUCCGAUGAUUUGCCAUAUCGAUCCCUGGAGUUUACUUCUACCAAUAACCAAAUCAACAUUGGUCGGGCUUCUAAGCGUGAAUCAAAGAAUCUUAUCCCCGCCAGAAACAAUGGAUUAUUUGAAUCGAGGGUCAUGUCGCGCAACCAUGCCAAGCUAUGGGUGUGCUUCGACAAGCAGCUCGUCUACAUUCGUGACGGUGGGUCGAUGCAUGGUACCUGGAUAAAUGGGAAGAGAAUUCCAAGAGAGGAGGACUCUGUCAUCAAACAUGAUGACGUGGUCACCUUUGGCUCCACAGUGUAUCGUGGCUCUGAUACCUUUCCUCCACUUAAAGUUCGUUGUGAAUUCGAAUGGCCUGACCCUUUGUAUGCCCCAUGUGUACCGCCUAGUUUGAGCAGUGCUGACACCAUGGACAGCCAAAGAACCGCCCUUGCAACCAAUACCUUUUGUGUUCCUGACGAUGAUGACAGUGAUGCAAAAGAAGAUUCCGUUCCUAUGGUGGUUGCAUCCGACAGUGCUUCCGAUAUUGACAACUCCACCCCCGAUUCAGAUUCAGACGGCCAAUCCGUCAUGGAGGUUUCGUCGCCUUUGACGUCCCCUCUGAAGAGGGACGACGCAAGAAAUUCCCACGUGGGUGCCUGCUCAGAUACAGAUCAAGUGGGUAGACAUGAUGGCCAGCAAGGAUCCCAAUUGAGCCCUAUUGAUCUCGAGCAUGGACAACAUGAACAGCCUCUGGUAACUCCCCGGAUGACCCCACCCUCCGUCAUAGACCUUAUCGACGAUCCAAGUAACGCGGCUCAUGAUUUUGAUGAUUUCAUCCAGGAGGCGGACAGUGCGUCUGCAAUGAAUACCUCUGACGACGAGGAUUCCAGCUGGGGCGAAGAUUACCAUGCUGGUUCGGAUGACGACGAAGAUGACGAGGUUGAUUCCCAGUCGUCGUUCAGAUCUAAUGCGGAACAUUCCCAUGAAGAUGAGGAGUCUGUGAGAUCGAGCAGCCUUCAUGUUCUGGGGAUUCGCGACUUGAUAGCAUCAGAGGCGAGCUAUGCUGUGGAGGAAACAAAUGCCCGCUUGCCAACUGGAAAUGAUACGUCCAAGCCCGAAUUUAACGAUCGACAUGGGGAGGAUAUGGCAUAUGACGCUGAGACGUGUGAGCCGGAGUUGCUCGCCGUUAGGAAUUCCACAUCAGAUCUGCGUUCUCAGAGCACUGGCCCUUCCAGAAUAAUUUCGACCGAAGCUCCACCGCCGCCAAUCUUAUUGCAGCCAACUCUAUCUUCUCCAUACGGAAAGACAGUCGAUCGUUCGCUACCUAGCUACCAGAAUAACCCGCCAAUGAUGCACAUGGACUGGUGGAAUCCACGAACCACUGCAAACACUUCAUACUCCCUGCAUAUCCCCCCAACUCCGCAAGUGCCUUACGCUGACGGACCCUUUGUCAACAACGAGUCGUUCCUGCUUGGUGAGACUGAUCCUGCUUGUAACCGUGGAAGUGAUUCGGUCGUUGCGUCUAUGGCUACCCCUGGGAUUGUAAGCCAGGAAGCACCUUCGAGCGACGGACAAGAAAUCCAGGAGACACCCAUGCCUCAGAAACAGCCAGAUCCCAUUCCAACACCAUUGCCACAGAUGCAAAGGUCCGAGAUAGGAUUAGAUAGCGUUCCCGCAAACAAGCCACUGAAAAGGAAGGCGGAGGAUAUUGAUGGCUCGUCUGGGAGUUCCGAGCUAGACGUUGCUACUCAUCAUCGAGACGGGGUUGACUCAGCUGUGACAAGCGAUAGCCAAUCGUCUGACCAAGAGACUUGCUAUCCGGAUGCUCAGCCACAGAUGCCAACGGACCAACAGGAACUUCCAUCCCAGUUGGCAGACUUAGACAGUGCGAAGGAGCUGCCGUCAGUUGACGACUCCAUUAAUGAUGCCGAGACGACCGCACCUCCUACAAAGCGAGCAAAGACUUCUAGUACGGGGAGGUUUGCCAGCCAUGCUGCAAGUGCUGCUCUGGGUGUAGCCAUCGGUGCUUUCGGUACUAUCGCUGCGUUGGCGUCGCUCCCCCCGGAUUACUUUCAGUAA